CAGAGUCCGUAACUAACUACCAAAUAUCCCUCCCUCAGCAUCUAUCUACUGUGGUAUUUAUCUGCUUCUGCUCUGCUCCUCAUUUCAGAAUCAGAUACAUAGAUAGAUCCAUUCAUUCGAGCCAAUUUGGGCUGCCUCUGUCUAAUGUCCAAUACUCCAUUCCAGUUACUUCCACUUUUCCGCCACCAACAAAUCAAAGUUCAAGAGAUCCAGUGGGAAAGAGAACGUUAGUGCUUGCUUGUUAUCACGAUGCCGAUGAAUCAGAGAAGCAGCGAGUACAUGGAUGGGAAGGUUGCGAAAGAAGCUGAUGUGGUCGAGAUGGAGAUGGUUUUGACUGCAAAAUGCUGGUGCUGUGGAUUGGUGGAAGAGUGUACACAUGCAUACAUUGCGCGCGUGAGGGAGAGAUUCGGGGGUAGAUGGAUAUGCGGUUUGUGUGCUGAGGCAGUGAAGGAAGAAAGAGCGAGAUCAGAGAGUGAUGAGAAGAAAAUCACAAUGGAUGAAGCUUUAAAGCGACACACCAAAUUUCGCCAACAGUUUAGGUCUGCUUCUGAUAUUAACAAAGAUUACAUACAUGCUAUCAAACAGAUUCUUUUUAGGACUUUGGAUUCUCCUAGGAAUAAGAAUGAGGAAGCUUUUGCUUGUAGACCUCUUGGUAGAUCACAUAGUUGCUUCUCAACCAUGGAAACAGCUCCGCCAAGGACGACAGAGCCACAUACAGAGUGAUUAAGGUUCUUUUGUUUUGAUGAUUAUGGUUAAUUUAUGUUUUAUUUUUUAGCAUUGGUGAUUGAAUGGAUGAUGGUUGGAGAGGAGUUUUCCUUCCCGGACUUCAAUCACUUGGAGUUGGAUGCUAUUUCAUUUGGAUUACUAGCAAUUGAAUUUUAGUUUUCAUAUGGUUGGACCAAUUUCAUGUUAUGGAAUUUAUUUGAAGCUAGCUAGCUUUUGUUUUUUAUGUAUUGGACACAAUGAUUUAGUUUUGUUUGGUGGAUAAAUAACUCGUCAUUCAUAUUGUGUUUAAACAACUCUAUAAAACUUAUGCCAGUUGCAGUAAGAUUAUCAUUUA